AUGUUUAUCCUUGAAUCCGCUGCCGGCGAAGUAGUGAGUAAGGUGACUGCACUCGCUACUGAUCAAUUGAGACUCGAUAUCGUCUUGGGGUUCCGCAAAGAGAUACAUAAGCUCAAAGAAACCUCAACCCUGAUUGGAGAUAUAAUCCAUGAUGCUUCUCAUGAACCUGAAGAUCGGGAACUGCGGGCAAGGGCCAAUUGGAUGAAGAAGCUUAUAAGUGUAGCUUAUAAUGCAGACGAUAUUCUGGAUGAAAUAGAAUAUGAAGUUCAGCGUAUCGUUAUAAAGGAGACGAGCCUGGAUAAGAAGAUACUCGGCUUCUUCUGCAACAAUCCUGUUGUAUUUCGUCUCAAGAUGGCACGCAAGAUUUACAACAUCAACACAUCCUUGGAUGAUCUCAACAAGCAAGCAGCCAGUGUGGGACUCGGCAUGACAAGGAGAUCAAAUGGAGGUGCAGCAGCAAGUAAAGAUAAGCGGGAAACAACCUCAUUCGUUGAGAAAAAUGAAUUCACCUUGAAAGAUGCAACCAUUGUUGGAAGGGAUCAGGUUGUGUCAGAUAUAAUUGCAACCUUGACCAACUUCAACAAUCAAGAAAAGAUUCUUUCGGUGAUGGCCAUUGUGGGAUUGGGAGGCCUAGGUAAAACAACUUUGGCUCGCUCAGUUACCAAGCAACUGAAAGAAGGUGAAAUGAAAAGGUACUUUAAUGCAACAUUAUGGGUGUAUGUAUCUAAUACUUUUGAUGUCAAUUCAAUUUUACGUCGAAUGCUGGAAUCAUAUGACGACGCGACUGGAGCAAAUCUUUCAAGUCGGGAAGCAUUGAUUGGAAGCCUCCAGCAGAAGUUGAAAGAGAAAAGGUAUUUUCUUGUACUCGAUGACGUUUGGAAUGAGGAUGCUAACAAUUGGGAUGAUUUGAAGCGUUGUCUAUUGCAACUAAAUUCAGCUGAAGGAAGCUCUGUGAUUGUCACCACCCGUAGUGCCAAGGUUGCAUCAAUCAUGGAAACACUUCGUAGGUGCGAUCUAGGGACUCUAUCGGAUGAUGAAUGUUGGUCCAUAUUAAAGGAUAGAGUAUUUGCAGAUCCUACUGCUCCGAUACCUUCAGAACUAGAGGAAAUUGGAAGGUUAAUUGCCAAAAAGUGUGCUGGUCUUCCAUUGGCGGCAAAGGUUUUGGGAAGCUUGAUGCGUUCUAAGAACGGUAGCAAUGAAUGGUUGUCAAUUCUGCAAAGUAAAAUAUGGCAGGUAUCAUCAGACAAAGAGGAUAGCAAGAUCAUGUCGGUUCUGGGGUUCAGUUUUAACAAUUUGGAAUCACCAUUGAAACAAUGUUUUGCAUAUUGCUCCAUGCUCGAGAGAGGUUCCUCUAUUGAAAGAGAUAACUUGAUCCAACUAUGGAUGGCUCAAGGUUUUCUCCAUCCUUCUCAUGGUCACCAAACCAAGCAAGAGAUUGAAAUGGAGGAUAUAGGCAAUAAGUAUUUUGAGACUCUACUAGAGAACUCCUUGUUUCAAGAUGCUACAGAGGAUGAGAAUGACUAUGGUGUUAUCAUCACCCAAUGCAAGAUGCAUGAUCUUGUGCAUGAUCUUGCAAACGAAGUAUCCAAGUGUGAGAGCUGGACAUCAGACUUCAAUCAUGAGAUGGAUGAUCAUGAGAUUCGACAUGUUGCACGGGUUCCUACUGCAAUACUAGAAAAGAUGCCAAAAUCAAGUAUAUCAAGACUGCGCUCAUUCUUUUCAAAUAUCGGGGAGGUCUCUAAUACCAUUUUUCCAAAAUUUAGAGCUUUACGUGUCUUAAGUUUUUGUGAGACUGAGAAUCAGGAGUUGCCAUAUUCACUAAUUAGCAAGCUGAAGCACUUGAGAUAUCUAGAUCUUUCUGAUACAAAAAUCAAAGCACUCCCAGAGUCUAUUGGCAAGCUCUAUAACCUCCAAACAUUGAGAUUACCUUGGAAUCUUAAAAAGUGUCCAAAGGUGAUUCAAAAUUUGAUCAACUUGAGGCAUUUUUACUUUGGUGAGGAAAUGAAAUUUGAGGCUGGGAUUUUGGGGCGAUUAACUAAUCUCCGAAGAUUGCCUUUCUUUAAUGUGGGUGACGAGAGAGGUCCUGCAAUUAAGGAGUUGGGUGGGUUGAACCAAUUGAGAGGCCACUUAAUUAUUAUUGGGCUAGAACAUGUAAGGGAUGGAGAAGAAGCAAAGAAGGCUCGCUUGGUGCAGAAGAGUCACUUAAGUCGGUUAACAUUUGUAUGGACAGACAAUGAGGUACCUAAUAAUGAAAACCAGACGGAUGUACUAGAUGGCUUGGAACCUCAUGCUAACUUGCUAAGCUUGACUAUUGGAAAUUUCAUGGGUGCUAGAUUUCCUUCAUGGAUAUCAGCUGAAGGAGAGGUCGUGGUAUUUCCUUGCCUCGAACAGUUGAGGAUAGAUGGUUGUGACAGCCUAGAGUCGAUUCGGAUCACACAGGGCAUCGCAUCUCUCCGUCAAUUGAAGAUCAGCUAUUGUGAGGCAUUAUCAAGCCUAGAGGUUGGGCUCGAUUACUGCACCUCUCUUCAGGAGUUGGAGAUAGAUAAUUGCCCUAAUCUGGUUUCAAUUCCAACCGCACAGGGCAUGCCGUCUCUCCGGAAAUUGAAUCUCGUAGCGUGUGAGGGAUUGUCAAGCCUAGGAAGCGGGCUCAACUACUGCACCUCUCUUCAGGAAUUGGAGAUUAAGAUUUGUGAUAAUCUAACAUCAAUUCCAAUCACACAGGACAUCACAUCUCUCCGGAGGUUGACGAUUCUUUAUUGUGAGAGAUUAUUAAGCCUACCGAGUGGGCUCCAAUUCUGCACCUCUCUUGAGUAUCUCUAUAUAAAGGAUUGCUCCAGUCUAGUAUCGGAGGAGGAUUGCCAUACUCUAGAAUCUAUUCCACCUAAUCUUCGUCAGUUGUUGAUAUGUCAUUGUGGGAAAUUAAAAUAUGUACCCACAGGAGGAUUUCACCGCCUCAUUCGUUUGAAGGAGCUGACAAUUGGUCCGUUCUGGCAUAAGCUGGACGCCUUCCCUGAUUUUCAGCUUCCACCUAAUUCACAACUUGAAGAGUUAUGGUUGUUUGGGUGGCCUAAGCUCAAGUCUCUGCCCCAACAAAUUCAGCACUUUACUUGUUUAAAAGAACUCCAGAUAUCAUUUUUUAAGGGACUAGAAGCUCUUCCUGAGUGGUUGGGAACUCUUACAUCUCUUGAGGCUCUGAGGAUCUGGCAUUGUGAGAAUCUCAAGUAUCUACCUACACAAAAUGCUAUGAAAAACCUCACCAAAUUGGAGCACCUCGUUGCUGCUCUAUCAUACUUGACGGGAAGAUCAAAUGAUGCUGUCCCAGUAGUUCAAUCACCUCUCCCAUUUACGGCUUCUCUGCUGUGUUACAUUGAAGAUAAGGUGUUAAUCAGCAUCAGCUAUGAGAAUGAGAAAUUGAGAAGUAUCCACCCAAAGUGGAAGCUAUUUAAACAAAAGAUGAGGACAGCUGACAUGAGUGGCUGA